AUGGCUGCUGCUGCUGAUCCCGCGGCCCAGAGCCGCUAUCUUAAAGAGAAUGUGGACGCUGAUUUCAUCUUUCUUUUGGAGGAACAUGGGGUCGAUCUUGCUUUGCAGUUUGCAAUUGGUCAGCAUUACAAGAGCAUUCGCACCUUUGCUGCUUUUGCCGAUGAUCGUGGGACGGCUCGGACUGCUAUCACUUCUGACUUUGGAGUUAGGCCGGAAAGCGCCGCGGACCGAGCUCGCGUAGCCUGCGUUAUCACUGCUUGGGAGGCUUCGAAACUCAUUCGUGAGGAGGAGGCCAAGCUUCGUGCAGAGGCUAAGGUUUUGGGGGUUCAAAAACCCUUGGCAUCAUCCGAUCGGGCGGCCAUGCGAGCUGCGUUGGAGACCGUUCGGGGCUACAGUGUUCCCGAAUCGGAGGAGCCGGCACCUGAGUACUUGGCACACAAGCUUGAGCAGAUUGAGAAUGGGGAGCCGACUGCAAGUUAUCUGGACGAGGUCAUUUCACGUAAGGAGUCCAACUCGCUUCAGCUUCAGACUUCUUUGGAUAAUCAGGGUCGGCUUCGGGUCAUGCGUCAGAAACCAAAGGGGCGGCUUCCACAGAACACAGAGGAGCUGAGGGCAAAGCUGCGGCUGGAGGCUUCGGCAUGGGUCAUGCUCUCGGCUAAGUGCAAGGGGCGUGCUUAUCUUCAGGAUCUUCGUUUGUCGCACUUUGAUCGUUAUCUGGAGUUUCUUCUGGGUGACAAGUGCUACAACAUGCAAGUGGCCGGUGCGGCUCCUACCAGCUCGGCGGCGCAGGCUGAGCGGCACACUCUUGCUGUCCCGUGGAACGUUUUGCUUCAGUAUGAGUUCGAACUUCGUAAGUGGGCGAUCAAGGAAGCUCAUCGGGAUGGUGAAAAGGGUGAGAAGGGCGGUAAGGAUGGCAAGGGUCCGAAGGGCGGGAAAUCCGAUGGCAAGAUCAAGGUUGGCGAGACUUGGUAUGACCUCGUCUCCAAGACCCCUGACGGCCGCGAGCUGUGUUACGCUUACAACAUCAAGCGUGGCUGCCAGGUCAAGGGAUGUCAGCGCAUUCACGCCUGCCGCAUCAAAGGAUGCCAGGGCAACCAUCCCGCGUAUCAGCAUGGGGCGCAAGGUGGGUCCUGA